GCGGGGCGGGGGCGACGACUAGAGACCCUCCGCAGGCCGGGCGAGUCACUGUCUACAGCGCCUGCACCGAACGUCAGCCUUCGGGCCCUCGCCGCCGGGAUGUGGCAGUCCGUAGCCGUCCUCUGCUGUCUGCUGGCGCUGACCAGCGCGCGGGCUGGAGCCUCCUUCUUGCCCCUGUCCUUGGAGAUGACCAACUACAUCAACAAGCUGAACACCACCUGGCGGGCCGCCCACAACUUCCCCCAUGCUGACAUGAGCUAUGUCAAGAGGCUGUGCGGGACCUUCCUGAAUGGUCCAAAGCUCCCAGAGAGAGUGGGACUAGCCAACCUUGACAUGAAGUUGCCCGAAAACUUUGACGCAAGGCAACAGUGGCCCAACUGCCCGACCAUCAAGGAGAUCAGAGAUCAGGGGUCCUGCGGUUCCUGCUGGGCAUUCGGCGCCGUGGAGGCAAUCUCCGAUCGGGUCUGCGUCCACACCAAUGGCCAGGUCAGCGUCGAGGUGUCCGCUGAGGACCUACUGACCUGCUGCGGCUUGGAGUGUGGCAUGGGCUGUAAUGGGGGCUACCCUACUGGAGCCUGGACCUACUGGACCAAGAAGGGCCUGGUGUCCGGAGGUCUCUACGACUCCCACGUGGGCUGCAGACCCUACUCCAUUCCCCCCUGUGAGCACCAUGUCAACGGCUCCCGGCCCCCCUGCUCCGGCGAGGGCGGGGAGACCCCGAAGUGCAGUAAGAAGUGUGAAGAUGGCUACUCCCCCUCCUACAGAGAGGACAAGCACUUUGGCUCCAACUCGUACAGCGUCCCAUCCAACGAGCAGGAGAUCAUGGCAGAGAUCUACAAGAACGGCCCCGUGGAAGGAGCCUUCUCCGUGUAUGAGGACUUCCUGCAGUAUAAGUCUGGAGUGUAUCAGCACAUGACUGGGGAGGAGGUGGGGGGCCAUGCCAUCCGCAUCCUGGGCUGGGGUGUGGAGAACGGGACCCCCUAUUGGCUGGCUGCCAACUCUUGGAACACAGACUGGGGAGAGAACGGUUUCUUCAAAAUCCUGCGUGGGAAAGACCACUGCGGGAUCGAGUCGGAGAUCGUGGCCGGGGUUCCCCGCACAGACCUGUAUUGGGGCCGGAGGAGCUGAACAGCUGCAGGGGGGCCAGCGCAGGGACCAGACCUGGUCCUGUUCACAGGAACGCUAGGGAG